GAUUUUUCCCUAACAUUUUUCCCUACCGUCGAAUCACGAAUGUCGAUUAAUAUUAUUGUAUUUGUUAAUUAAGAAUUUAUUGUUUUAGAUAAAUCACUUACUCACUAGAAAGUCUAGAAUCUGAAGCCUUUUAAAUACAACUAUUUUGAUCAAUAGUAAAAUAAGUUACAUUUUCUUUUAGUGAAAUUCUUCACACAGUGUAGUGUUCUGUAUUUUCUGAAUAUUAUUAUUUAAAUCGACAUUAGCAAUCGGGCAAACAUGUCUACAGGUGAAAUGCAAACUGCAGAUUAUCAGCAAAGGCGAUGGCAUAACAUCAGAAAAGUUUUGGAGCGAUCUGGUCCUUUUUGUCAUCCAGAUUUUGAAGCUUCAGCUGAGAUACUUGAUUUUAUAAUGAAUUCUUGCAAAGUUCUUAUAGUUGGCGCUGGCGGCCUCGGCUGCGAGCUGCUAAAAGACUUGGCUUUAAUGGGUUUCAAGAAGAUACACAUUGUAGAUAUGGAUACAAUAGAAUUGUCCAAUUUGAAUAGGCAAUUUUUGUUUCGAAAAAAUGAUAUUGGUUUGUCAAAAGCAAAGUGUGCUGUUGAUUUUGUAAAUAAAAGGGUGCCUGGCUGUGAAGCCAUUGCACACCACUGUCCUAUACAAGAUCUGGACGACUGUUUCUACCGCCAAUUUCACAUUGUUGUGUGUGGACUUGACUCCAUUGUAGCUAGACGUUGGUUAAAUGGCAUGCUGAUGUCAUUGCUUCAGUAUAAUGAUGACAGAAGUUUAGAUCAAAGCAGCAUAAUUCCCUUAGUAGAUGGAGGCACAGAGGGGUUUAAAGGUAAUGCGAGAGUGAUAUUGCCGGGAAUGAGCGCGUGUAUUGAAUGUACUCUUGAUCUAUAUCCACCACAGAAGACAUUUCCACUAUGUACUAUAGCAAAUACUCCCAGGUUGCCAGAACAUUGUAUAGAAUAUGUAAAGGUAAUUCAGUGGGCUAAAGAGAAUCCAUGGGGUGCCACCACUGCCCUCGAUGGUGAUGACCCUCAACAUGUGGCCUGGGUUUACGAAAAGGCUCAAGAAAGAGCGAUGAAACAUGGAAUCUCAAACGUGACAUAUAGAUUAACACAGGGUGUCUUGAAGAAUAUUAUUCCGGCUGUAGCUAGCACUAAUGCGGCGAUUGCGGCUUCUUGUGCAACUGAGGUAUUUAAAUUAGCCUCAUCAUGCUGUCCGAAUAUGAACAAUUAUAUGGUCCUGAAUAUGUCUGAUGGUGUGUACACAUACACAUUUAAUGCUGAAAAGCGUGCAGACUGUGUUGCAUGCAGUAAUACGACUAGGGUUAUAGAAAUUGAACCGGACGCAACUUUACAAGCGAUUUAUAACAAGUUAUGUGAAGAUAAUGCCUUCUUGAUGAAGAGUCCAGGUAUUACGACUAUCAUUAACGGACGCAACAAAACAUUAUACAUAUCUUCAAUAAAGAGCAUUGAAGAGAAGACAAGGGAUAAUCUUAAGAAGAAAAUCACAGAAUUGGGGCUCUACAAUGGUGCGGACAUUUUGGUUGCGGAUGUUACAACCCCUAAUACAUUGACAAUAAAGUUGAAAUUUACAGAGAGCAAUAAUGAUGUUGAUAUGUCGCGUUAAAAAAAACAGUUUGCUUGGUGUAAUAUUAAUAAUAGGUUGUAAUAAAUAAUAUUUAAAAUGACA